AUGCCGAAGCAUUACAGACCAGCGGGAAAGAAGAAGGAAGGAAAUGCCGCUAGGUAUAUGACCAGGUCGCAAGCUCUCAAAUCUCUCCAAGUUAACCUAAACCUAUUCAGGAGACUAUGUAUUGUGAAAGGUAUAUUUCCAAGAGAACCGAAGAAGAAGGUGAAGGGAAACCAUCACACUUACUACCAUGUGAAGGACAUUGCCUUCCUUCAGCAUGAGCCUCUUCUCGAGAAGUUCAGGGAAAUCAAAACAUACCAGAAGAAGGUCCUUAAAGCCAAAUCCAAGAAAAACGAGGAGCUCGCACGUCUUUUGCUUACUCGCCAACCCACUUACAAGCUUGAUAGAUUAAUCCGUGAAAGGUAUCCCACCUUCCCUGAUGCACUACGCGACUUGGAUGACUGUCUUACGAUGGUUCAUCUCUUUGCCGUGUUGCCUGCUUCAGACAGGGAAAAGCUCGAAGUGAAACGAGUCCACAACUGUAGAAGAUUGAGCCAUGAAUGGCAAGCAUACGUUUCUCGUACGCAUUCACUACGGAAAGUGUUUGUCUCUGUUAAGGGCAUAUACUAUCAGGCUGAAGUAGAAGGUCAAAAGAUCACAUGGUUGACACCUCAUGCGAUUCAACAAGUCUUUACGAAUGAUGUUGACUUUAGUGUCUUGCUUACCUUCUUGGAGUUUUAUGAGACUCUCCUUGCAUUUACAAACUUUAAGCUUUACCAUUCUCUGAAUGUGAAGUAUCCGCCAAUCCUUGAUUCUCGGUUGGAGGCUCUGGCUGCAGAUCUCUAUGCACUGUCGAGAUACAUUGAUGCUAGCUCCAGAGGCAUGACUGUGGAACCUAAAGUUGAUUCUUCAUCUAGCUCACAGUCAAACGACCGUGAAGAGUCUGAACUUAGACUUGCACAACUUCAGCACCAGUUGCCUUCGAGCGAGCCUGGGGCAUUGAUGCAUCUCGUUGCAGAUAACAAUGAAGAGGUGGAAGAGGAUGAAGAGACCAGAGCGUGCAAGUCACUCUUCAAGGAUCUGAAGUUUUUCUUGAGCCGUGAGGUUCCAAGAGAGUCCCUGCUGUUUGUGCUGCCUGCUUUUGGUGGGAUGGUGUCUUGGGAAGGAGAAGGUGCACCUUUCAAGGAGGAUGAUGAGUGUAUCACACAUCAUAUCAUUGAUAAGCCAAGUGCGGGUCAUAUGUAUCUCUCAAGGGAAUAUGUUCAACCACAGUGGAUCUAUGACUCUGUAAAUGCUCGCAUAAUCUUGCCUACUGAAAAGUAUUUGGUCGGAAGAAUUCCACCGCCACACUUGUCACCAUUUGUGGACAAUGAAGCAGAAGGAUAUGUUCCUGAUUAUGCUGAAACCAUUAAAAGGCUACAAGCAGCAGCGAGAAACGAAGUUCUUCCGUUGCCAGGUGUUGGGGCAGGUGAUCUUGAAGAUCCUCAGAACUUAUUGUACGCUGGUGUUAUGAGCCGUACUGAGGAAGCUGAAGCUGCUAGGAACAAGAAGAAGAUGGCGACGCUGGAGAAGCAAUACCAUGAAGAACUGAAGAUGGAAAUAACUGGAACUUCCGCUGAUGAUCUUCCUGUGGAGGAAGAAGGUGAGGAGGGUGAAGAAGAAGAUCCUGAAGCAGCUAUUAAGCAAGUGGCUAACGAUGAAGAUACUAGGAGCAAAUUGUCGAUGUCGAAUAAGAAGAGGAAGCUUUACGAAGCCAUGAAGAUGGGGCUGGAAAAGAAGAAUGAAGGUGUUAAAUUAAUCGAGGAGCGCAAGAGGAAGUUGAAAAAGGCUCAACAGUAA